AUGCCUGAAACGACGUCGGUCCUCUUUGUCUGCCUGGGCAACAUAUGCCGCUCGACCAUGGCCGAGGGCAUCUUUCGCCACCUGGCGCAGAAGCCAGAGUGGAAGGACAAGAUUGGCCGGGUCGAUUCCUGCGGUACAGGUUACCCCUCCAUAGCGGCGUACCACACGGGUGACGAGCCUGAUAGUCGCACCAUGGCGACGCUCGAGGCGAAUGGCAUUACCGACUAUGAGCACUCUGCGCGGCGUUUUGCCACGUCCGACUUUGACAAGUUUGACUACAUCUUCGCCAUGGACCGCUCCAACCUGUCGGACCUCGUGCGCCUGCAGCGCGGCAACCCAGACGCCAAGGCCCGCGUCCAGCUCUUUGGCGAGUACAGCGGCACCGCCGGCAAGGUCGAGGUUGUCAGCGACCCGUACUAUGGCGGCGACGCCGGCUUCAAGCGCGCGUUUGAGCAGUGCGCGCGGUUCUCCAAGAAUUUCUUGGAGACUGUGGUCGGCGGGGACAAGAAUACUGCUGUUGGGGGAAAGGAUGCAUCGCUGUAG